GCAACUGUUUGGUUAUUGGUAGGAAAGUGGGAUGCAUCUAUUUUAGAUGAGAUGCACAAAGACUGUCACAGCAAGAUCGUUCAGCAGUGCUUUGCUACCUGGAUUAUUUUAUAUUUGCUGGUCUUUAGAGAAAAAGAAUUAUCCGAGGAGCAAGAGAGAUUUUAAUCCCAGAUACUGUAUUUUUAAUGCUCUUGAUGGUACAUCGCAUUCCCACUCUAUAAUCCUUGAUAUGACUUCAGUUCCCUUAUUACAGUUACGUUUUCUGGUUCUACUUCCUGUGUUUUUAAACUGAGGGGGUUUUGAUGCAGGGUAACGGAUAAAGCUUUCUGAUAAAUGUAGCAAGCACCUGAACAGCUUUAUAGCACAGGCCUUUUAUGAGUUUGUUUAAAGUAAUUUGUGUUUCCAAUUCAAAAUAAAACUAUUUGUUUCCUAUUAGUUAUUUCAAUUCUUUUUCUUUUUAAAGGGGAUCGGCCAUAGCAAGAAUCGUUGGCAAAAAUGUCCAGAAGUCCAACAGAUUUGAUCCUACUGUCAAGAUGUGGGUAUUCGAAGAGAUCAUCAAUGGAAGAAAACUCUCAGAAAUAAUCAACCAGGAACAUGAAAAUGUUAAAUAUCUGCCUGGAUACAAGAUACCCAAAAAUGUGGUGGCUGUACCAGACGUGGUUGAAGCAACAAAUGGGGCAGACAUUUUAAUGUUUGUUCUGCCACAUCAAUUCCUUGGACGAAUCUGCGAGCAGAUUGCAGGCCAGAUAAAGCCUGGGGCAUUCGGGAUUUCACUGAUCAAGGGGAUCAAUGAGAGUCCUGACGGCCUCAAGCUCAUAUCCGACCUCAUUCGAGAGAAACUGAAAAUAGAGAUCAGUGUGCUUAUGGGAGCCAACAUAGCCAAAGAAGUGGCUGAUGAGCAGUUCUGUGAAACCACCAUUGGGUGCAAAAACGAAAGACAAGGGGAGAUCUUUAAAGAAUUAAUGCAGACCCCUAAUUUCAGGAUUACCGUGGUGCUUGACUCUGAUACAGUGGAGAUUUGUGGAGCCUUAAAAAACAUCGUAGCAGUGGGAGCUGGGUUCUGCGACGGACUGGAUUUUGGCGAUAACACCAAAGCAGCAGUUAUACGCUUGGGCCUUAUGGAAAUGGUGGCCUUUGCCAAGAUGUUCUGCAGGGGACCGGUAUCAAUCGCCACUUUUCUGGAAAGCUGUGGGGUGGCUGAUCUAAUCACUACCUGCUACGGGGGACGCAACAGGAAAGUAGCAGAAGCCUUUGCUCGCACAGGAAAAUCCAUUGAGGAACUGGAAAAUGAGUUGCUGAACGGACAAAAGCUGCAAGGACCUCAGACCUCGGCCGAAGUCUACAAGAUUCUGAAACAGAAAAAUAUGCUUGAUAAGUUUCCAUUAUUUACAACCAUCUACAGGAUCUGCUACGAGGGUCAAUCGAUCCACGAUUUCAUCGCGUGCCUGCAGAACCACCCAGAGCACAUUUAGAGAUCCGCUCUCCUCGCCUGCUCGCAUCCUCAUCUUCCCACGGC